AUAAUGGAUUUCGAAUUUGGCAUGUUAUGUUUAUGAGUUUCGCUCUUGUGCUAACUAUCAUUAUAAUGGUUUGUUGCUGUGUGAAAAUUCGAAUACCACGUACGAAACAAGAAAUUGAAGCAGAUUAUCAACGGAAAAAACUGACGAGGGAAUUUCAAAAACAAUUGAAGCAAAUAAAAAAUGAAGAAAUGGAUAUAAUGGAUUUAAAACGAGCACUUGAAACAAUUCAUAAAGAAAUUUACUCAAUUCAAGACACUACUGAUCCUCCAUUAUCACAUAGUUCAUCAAUAAACGCACCUGCAUCAAUAAAUUCAUCAGAGUCACACAAAAUGUCUGACGAUGGAAUGGUUGCUGAGCCCCAAAAACCAACACCAGAGUGGACUAAAUCUGAGGGAGGUCUAAAUCGCACAUUUUCACAGAAAGUUUCUGCUUUGCUUAAAUUAUCAAAAUUAAAGAAUUUACCUACGUUAGACGAUGAAGAUAAUAUUCCAUAA